AUGGAGCAUCGCCUUGUUCAGCGUGCAAACGCUUCUCCCAAUGCGAUUGCAGUUAUCGAUGGCAAUACCAGCAUUAGUUACCAAGAUCUCAUUGCACGAGCUGAUGUACUUGCUGAGAAAUUGCGUGGAAGGUCAAUCGAACUCGCGGAGCCCGUUUGUAUCUUACUUGACUCUGGUUAUCAACAGAUCAUCUCGCAAGUUGCUGUCCUCCGAGCUGGAGGGACCUGUGUCCCCGUUACUCCAUCCAUGCCUUCUCUCCGCCUGGUGGCCAUGCUACACGAUAUCAAGUCCCGUUUCGUUAUUACCAACGAAGCCCUCAUGGAUCAGGUGUCAGACUUCGAAGUUAUCCGAGUUGAAGAAGCAACUGUGGAGAAUAUCACUUUCAGCGAGACCAGCCCAAUUGAUGUACAGGCAGGAUGUCCGGAAACCCAUCGCAGCCACAUUAUCUUCACCUCUGGCUCCACGGGACAGCCGAAAGCCAUCCAGGUCCUGGCUUGCGGCAUUCUCCAUGUCUUAGCCUCUGAACCGGCUACACUGUUGGGCCCAACUGACCGUAUGGCUGGAUUCAUCAGCCCUGGAUUUGAUUUCGCCCUCUUUGAGGUCUGGGCGUCGCUACUUGCUGGGGCGACAGUCAUCCAAAUCCCUAAAGUGAUUGUCACAGAUCCAUUUGCUCUCAGUGACUUUCUGGAAAAUAGAAAGGUGACAGUGAUGAUUGUACCAACAGCCCUUUUCAAUGUCAUUGCCUUGAAUGCGCCCAACGCGUUUCGUGGUCUGCAGCACGUUCUUGUGGGAGGCGAGGCCGUGAAUGUCAAAGCAAUGAAGAAGGUCCUCAUCAACGGCCCACCAGCAAAUUUGUACAACGGAUACAACUAUAUUUGUGACAACAUGCCGGAUGAAACACAACAUCCUCGCAUCAGCAUCGGACGAGCAUUCGGAGAAUCCAAAGUUUAUCUGUUGGACGAACAGCUCAGGAAUAUCACCGGCGCACAUCAGACUGGGGAGUUAUGUGUUGUCGGACCCCAGCUGGCAGCAGGAUAUCUGAACCGACCCGAAGAGACCGAGAGGCAGUUUAUCUAUGUCAAUACCGCCACACUAGGAGAGGACGAGGGGUCAUCCAUCCGCCUGUACCGUACUGGGGACCUGGCACAAUGGAAAGACUCAUCUGGUACUUUGGAUUAUAUUGGCCGAGCAGACAAACAGGUCAAAUGCUCCGGACACCGAGUGGAAUUGGGCGAUAUCGAGCGGACGCUGGAGAGACACCCUCAAGUGGAAUCGUGUGUUGUUCUCCAACACAAGCAGGAGCACUCGGAAAAUCUGGCGGCCUAUGUGAUUCCAAUUGAAUGUGAAACGGAAGUUCAACUCUCCGGGAUUACCGAUUGGGCAAAGGAACAUCUGCCUUAUUACAUGGUCCCCAGCUCGAUCCAAAGUGUCCACGAAUUUCCGCUUUCGUCCAGUGGCAAGGUUGAUAGGAAUGUUCUGGUUCGCGAUUUACAAAACGCACCAAAGGCAGACGAACCUAAAGCCCAGCAAGCUCCAAAAAUGAAAAGCCAAGACGACUGGCUCCAAUUGCAUCUCCAAGAAUCGUUGAAUGUGUCACACGUCGAUCCCAAUAAGAAUAUAUUCGCUCUAGGAUUCACUUCGCUGCAGUCUGCCCAGCUAGUAGGGACGAUCAAGCACCACAGUGGAAAAGUUGUGACGCUGGCAAAACUGCAUGCAAGCCCUACCUUGGAGAGUCUUACAGCUCUCCUUCAAAGCUCCGACGAAGACAGCACUGAUGCUGCCCAGACAACGCGGUGGGCACAAGACUCCCAUCUAGCGGAUGAUCUAGUCGCUCCCCCAGAUUGGCAAUCUACCAAAGAGGGACACGUUUUCCUCACAGGAGCGACUGGGUUUGUCGGCGCAUACUUACUGCAUCAACUUCUGUCCAUGCCUAGUGUGAAGAAGGUUGCCUGUUUAGCCCGAAGCCGUGGCAAUCUCACGGCAAAUGAUCGCAUUCAGAAAGCGUUGGAGAAAUAUGACCUUUGGGAUGGCAGGCUGGAGAGCACCCAAAAGAUCAUCGCUCUUGAUGGAGACCUAACAGAUGCCACUCUAGGUCUAGGGGAGGAUAAGUUCAACUGGCUCAGCAACUGGGCGAGCGUAAUCUUCCACAUUGGUGCGCGAGUGAACUGGUGUGAACCUUACGAGACUCUUUACGAACCCAAUGUGGUUGGUACGCGGAAUAUCAUCCGACUCGCCACACUGGGCCGACGCAAGGCACUGCAUUAUGUCUCCUCGAUAGAUGCGUGGAAUGUAACUGGUCUUAUAAACAAGACGGAGCGAGUCUUCGAGGAUGCCCCGCUCAAACCACAUCUGGAAUCAUUGCCUUAUGACAUGGGAUAUUCGCAGAGUCAGUGGGUGGCAGAUGAGAUGGUCCAGAGGGCGCGGGACCUUGGCUUACCUGCGACCAUCUAUCGACCAGGAUUCGUGAUUGGGGACAGUCCACGGGGCUAUGGAAACGCAGAUGAUUUCUUUGCACGGCUGAUCGUGGGGUGCAUUCAGAGCGGCGGGUUCCCCCAUCUUCCUCAUCAGCGACUAGAGUAUGUGACGGUCGAAUUCGUCUGCUCGGCCAUUCUACAUAUCGCAUCAAAGUCUGAGAGUCUCGGUCGAUCAUUCCAUCUCGUCUCCCCGGAUGUGGCACAGUCGGUGAGUAUAGAGAAGACAUGCAGCCUGAUUAACCAAGCUGGAUAUCCAGUCAAGGAAGUUCCAUAUCAGGAAUGGAUUGACAUGAUUCAACACACUCCAGGGAAUCCAUUGGAAUCCAUGAUUCCCAUGCUGCAGGAACCAGUUUUGGGGGACUUGACUCGGAUGCAGACAAGUAUGUAUACUCCUGUCUAUGAGACCCAAAACACUGUCAAGGCUCUGGCAGAUCGGCCGGAUAUCAAAUAUGUUCCUUUGGAUCAUGAGCUAUUGCAACAGCACAUCGACUUUUGGUUGAGUAGGGGGUACUAUUCUCUCUAA